CGUCGGUCGAAAAUCAUAUUAAAUUAAGCUAGAAAUAAUAUAUAAUAUCGACUAAAUAGUCAUGCAAACGAAAUGUCUACUGCAGCUACAACUGUUGCUACUAGGAAUACAGUGGUUGCUGGCGUCGCCCAUUUACGACAGCAAUGAGCGUCUAAAUCUGAGCGCCAGUUGCCCAAGUGCAUCGUGCAGUUUGUGGGGGCUGCAAAGCAACUAUCAGCGUCCACUUCGCUACUCGGCUGGCCAGGUGAGUCAGCUAGAGGAGCUGUUGCUGGGCAACUGUCAGAUGCGUGCCCUUCCCUUGGAGCUACUGCGUUUGGCGCCCAAUCUGCGCAUUCUCAUAAUUCAGAACUGCAGUGUCUAUCAUCUGUAUAAGGAAGACUUCCAGGCGACGCCGCAACUGACACAAUUGAUUCUGCCACGUAAUCACAUCUCGCGAUUAAGGGAGCAACAGUUUGUGGCGCUGCAACAGCUGGAGGUGCUCCAACUGGAUCACAAUGGCAUUCUAGUGUUGCAAGCUGAGGCGUUUAAGGGUCUGUCCAAGCUCAAAUUGUUGGGGCUGCAGGGUAAUGGCAUCAUUCAACUAGUGGCGGGCGCCUUUGAGCCCCUCCCAAAUCUCUUAAAUCUCGAUCUGAGCGAUAAUGAGAUUAGUCAGAUCAAUCCGGAGACAUUUUCUAAGAAUAGCAAACUCCAGACACUGUUGCUUAAUGGCAAUCAACUCAAACAAUUUGAACCCAGUUGCUUGGCACCAAGGAGCAAUCUGCGCCUGCUCGAUCUGAGCAAUUGCAGGCAGUUGGAGCAGCUGCAUCUACAUGGUGCUCAGAGGUUGAUGCUAGAGGGCAGCGCUGUCAGCCGUCUAAUCAUCGAUGGCGGCGUUAUCAAUCUUCAGGCGGGCAGAAAUGCGAUGACGCAGCUGCACAUUGGCGAUAAGAGCGCUGUCAUCGAACUUGACCUGCACCAGAAUCAGCUGAAUGUGAAUGCGACGGCAGAGCUGCUCGACGGUAUGUGGAAUCUGCAGCGCUUGGAUCUGUCCAAGAACAAUAUCGAUUCAUUGUCCAGUGUGGGUGGCAACUCCAGUACGCUCAGCCUGCUGUUGCCCAGUCUCACCGACUUGAAUCUUGCACACAAUCAGCUGCUAAGUCUGCCGCCGGAUUCGUCGCUGCUGCCAGGGCAUCUUCUACAGCUGGACAUCUCCUACAAUCACCUGCUCUCCGUGAGUGCAGACAACUUUGCAGCCCUGCCCAGCUUACAAAGUCUGCAUAUGGAGAGCAAUAGACUGCAUGAGUUCGAUUACGAACUCUUCCAUCGGCAGCAUCCGCGACUCCAGGAGCUGGGCAUCUGCGACAAUGAGUUGGGCUAUACCCUCAUGCACAAUAUGCUCAUCUAUAUGAGUGAUCGUGGCAUUCACUUGCCCGUCAACUGCCUGCGCCGACCGGUCCACAGCAUGGACACCAAAUCCAUGUCGGAUGAGCCAGUGAAUGCGGCACAAACUUGUACGCCAACGGGUGUCGGUGGUAUUCAUCCGUAUUGGACGACACGGGAUGUAUUGGCGAUGGUAACGCUGCUUGUGGUGUUUUGCAUAUUGAUUAUGCAGCUCUAUAACAUCCUGAAGGAGGAAGGCUGGUUGGGGCGUAUGCAACAGUGGCUCAUGGGCAGACAACCAGAUGUUGUGACUGGUGCCAAUGCCAGAGCGAGGCGCCUCAAUGAGGAAGACUCCGAAAGCUCAAGUGCAUAAUUGUGAUAGCAAUGAGAAUCAACUAGCAUACACUCAGAGAAAUCUUAUAUAGAAAGCAAUUGGCUAACGUGAGAUAAAUCUUAAAAAUAAUUUUCGAAAAUUAUAAACUAGUCAAAAAAUGACA